UCUCUCUUGAAAUGCAGGGCGAGCCCCUUCAGCACCAGGCCCCCGCCAUGUCUCUCCUGACUCCGGUCUUGGUGGCUGUCGUGUGCAUUUUGAUUGUGUGGAUCUAUAAAGCUGCUGAUGGACGCCUGGAGAGAAAGAAGGAGGAGGCCCCAACUCCCCCGUGGGUGGAUGAAGACCUAGGAGACACCACGGCUCCCCACAACGUGGAAGAAGAUGCUGAUGAGUGGCCAGAGGAGGAGGAGGAAAGCGUCGAGCUCAUCCCGUACCGCCACACUCGCUAUCCAGAGGAGGAAAUGGCCACCAGGUCUCGGGAGUUUUACGAACUCCUGCGUCAGCGACGGUCGGUGCGGUGUAUCAGUGAGGAGCAAGUGCCCAUGGAAGUCAUCGAGAACGCCAUCAAGGCAGCAGUAGGAACAGCACCGAGUGGGGCCCACACGGAGCCCUGGACCUUUGUGGUUGUGAAGGACCGAGUUGUGAAGCAUAAGGUCCGGGAGAUAAUCGAGGAGGAAGAGAAAAUUAACUACAUGAAAAGAAUGGGACGCCGAUGGGUCACCGAUGUGAAGAAACUGAGAACGAACUGGGUUAAAGAAUACUUGGAUACUGCCCCUGUUCUGAUUCUCAUCUUCAAACAAGUGCAUGGUUUUGCUGCGAAUGGCAGGAGAAAGGUGCACUACUACAACGAGAUCAGCGUUUCUAUCGCCUGUGGCAUGCUGCUUUCUGCACUGCAGAAUGCAGGGCUCGUGACCGUCACUACCACACCCCUCAACUGUGGUCCUCGUCUGAGGGUGCUCCUGGGCCGCCCCACAAACGAAAAGCUGCUGGUGCUGCUCCCUGUGGGGUACCCCAGCCAAGAGGCCAUGGUACCCAACCUCAGGAGGAAAGCGCUGGACCAGAUCAUGGUGACCGUGUAGCG